UUCUUUCCACCUAUUAAGGUAAGUUGAUGUUACAAUUAAUGCAUGUUAUAUUUUUCAUAUAACUUCAUCUUUUUUUUCGUCAUUAUUUUUCCAUAUAAUUCUGCGUUUUGAAUUUGGAAAUUUUAUUUUUUGGUUUAAUUUUCGUGUGUUGAAUUUUUUUUGUUUUUCACUAUAAUGACAAAACAUGCAAAUUGUUCUAGUUCAGUUAGAGAUAUACGAUCUAUGAAUUUUGAUGAAAUACCAUCUUUUAGCUUUGGUUUAACCCAAGAUGAAAAUAUCAACUUGGUUUCUUCUAAUAUUCAGUCAAAGGGAGGUGUUAUCUUACAAGAAUUGAGAUCGAAGCAGCGAAACGAUCUGCAAAAUUCUGUUGAAAGAAUGAAAUGGAAAUCAGUGAGGGAAUCUUUAUCCCCCAAAUCAACAAAAAAACAAAAAUCGAUGAAAAAGAGGAAGUCAGAUGAAAAAUCUCAAUCGAAAAAAAAUGGAAGUCCAGUUCUUUUGGUUAUAAAUCUUCAUCUAAAGAAGAGAAAGUUGAGGAGGUGUUGCGCGAUCAAAUAUACAUGGCAAGAGUAUUGCUCAAAUUUGCACCACAUAUCGGUUGUUAUACAAUCAAUGACAUUGAAGAUCGUAUUAAGUCAAUGUUAACUAAGAAUCAGUACAAGAUAUUUUGUAAUGAUAGUAUGUUUGAUGUUUUCAUUUAAAAAAAAAAAAAGAAUUGUGUGGUGCAAGCGCAAUUAGGGAGAUGCAUUAUGUCACUUGAGACUAAGAAAAGUUCAACAAGUAACAUAGUCAUUCGUGUAAAGGGCACAACUCUGCAUUUUAGUCUUAGAAAAUUUGUUGUCAUUACUUAUUUGAAUUGUCUUUCAAACAUUCAUGAUUUUGUGUUUGAUGAAGACC